AUUCCUGUGGCCUGAUACUGUACUGAUCUGCUUUGUUUUGUGUCCGAACAUGUCGUAGCUUAGCCACCUCUAGGAUAGCCUAUAGCUAGGGGGCUAUUGUUGUAACAAAAGAUAAAUUGUUACAGAUUAAUUGUGGAUGACAAAAAAAGAUACAUUAUUAAAUAAAAGAUUUUAAGGCGUCUGUUAUUUUAGUAUUCUUCGAUUAAAUGAAAUUUCCCUAGCGCAUGAAUGCCCGGUGGGAAAAUCCAGGAAAUGGAAAGAGGAACAGAGUUCACCAUAGACACUGUUCCCACAGCAUCCCCCUUUUUCUCUGAGGAGUUGGAGAGUCAUGAUAAACUGUACCAGCGUUCUGCAUGCAUCAUACAGAGAACCUGGAGGAGACAUGUGGACACACAAGUGUUCAAGUACUUUAAGAUGCUGGUGAGCUUCCGUAACCAAGGCGAUCCUCGUCUAUUGCUCCGGUCCAUCAACCCCAGAGAGGCGAACAUGCUGGACGCUGCAGCUGGGGCGUACAUCAGAUUCAGACUGGGAGGGAUCUCCUUCCCCCCCAGCAUCUACUACAAGAUUUUUACCCAUCGGCCUAUUGUUGACAUGUGUGCCAACAGUCCCAAGGACUACACCCAUCCAGGCGCCAAGAGGCCCGUUCCCCGGCAGGUCCACAAUGGCCGGGCCCUGGUCCUGGACGAUCAGAGCGGCUGGUACCGCCGGGUGGAGAACAAUGGCUGGAGAAUUCUUUGUGGCAAGAUUGUGCUCCUGGGUGACAUCAUUGAGACAGAGACCAGUAGCAGGAAAAUACAGUUCCACCACUCCAAGCUGCAGAGGAGACAGGAUGUGGAAAGGAAGAGGAGGAUGAGGAAGAUGGAGUGGUUCAAAAAGAUGUACAAGCAGGGCUCCCUCCAUGCUCGUACUCAGCACCCGGAGGCAGCGGCUCUGGUGGAAUGCUCAGCCCAGGGCAUGGUGGAUGCCAUGGAGACGCUGGGGGCCAAUCACAUUGUCGACUGGGAGGUGGAUGAGCUGAUUGAGUGGACCAAUGCCCUCAACUUUGAUGAGUACAUAAGAGAGUGGAGAGAUCAAGGAACCAGUACAUACUCUAGUAAAGAUGCAGAGUCUAAACUGGCCCCAUCCUCAGGAUCUGCUAAUGAGGGCGAUCAGAUGGGCACGUACCGCAGCGUACUCCACCCCCUGGCCUCUAGCCUCAUCCAAUGAGAGAGCUCCAAGCCCAUCACCUGUGAUUGGAACCUGUUAGCCUCGGCCAAUCACACAUCUUAAAGAAUACACUCUCUGACUGACUGGUUUGUUGACUGUUUUGAUGACUGGCUGACUGACUAACUGGCCGGCUACUUACUUUCUCAGUGAUUAAAUCUAAAGAACCAAUACAUGUGCUACAAGCACUAAACAUGAGACUUGAUGUUCAUAAUAAACUGGAAA